GGUCAAUCAGUCAACUUUGGCUCUGCCGCUGUCGCUGUCGGCGUCGGCGUAGCGGUCGCUGUCCAGGUGAGCCGCAUAGGUAGGAAUUAACGCUUUUGGCUACGAUCAUUUGUCUACGGAACGGCGCCGCGUUGAGUUCGAGUUGAGUUAGACGCGGAAAGAAAAGGAGACCGCCACAAAGCGAAGCGAAGUGAAGUGACUGUGUGUCUCUGGAAGAAAGCCAAAGCCAAAAGCCAAGUUCCACCUCCGACUUUGGCCAAGUACUCCGCAAUUAGGCCCUUCGAGUGUUUGUGUUAAGCUGUGAAGAAAGUUCGGCGAGUGCAAGCGCGGCAGUUACGAAACGCGGCUUCCGCCGGCGAACCCAAAAACCCGCGGCCCAGAGGGAAAUACAUAAAUCUGUGAAGCGAAAAUGGGUCAUCUGUCCACCUCGGAGCGAGUUUGCAGCAAGACGCCGGCCAUUUCGGGCGACGCGAGUCCCCCGCUCUUGGCCAGGAGGGCCAAGUUGGCCAACGGGGAUGCCCAGCAGGCGCGCAGGGGCGACGACUCCUCCCCGGAGCUGCCGCCCCGCGCCAAGAUGCCGCUGCCCCAGAAGCGGGAGGAGCCGCCGCGGGCGGUGAUCCCCAGGGACAUCGUCAAACACGUGCCCAAGGACGCCAUCGACCUGGAGGAGUACACCCGCACCUUCGUCGGCGACCGCGUACUCGGCUGGCAGUUCCAGGCGCCCCUCAAGUGGGACAAAGUCAUCCAGAUCUCGCUGCUGCACAUCGUGGCCUUCAUCUGCCUGCUGACCUAUCCGCUGCGCGAGCUCAACCCGUACACCACCGUCUGGUCGUUCUUCGUUGGCGGCGUGGCUGGAUUCGGAGUUACGGCCGGAGCACACAGGUUCUGGACCCAUCGCAGCUACAAGGCCAACACCGUGCUGCGAUCCAUUCUGAUGGUCUGCUACUGCGUGGCCGGACAGAACACCCUGUACGACUGGGUUCGCGACCACCGAGUCCACCACAAAUACUCGGAGACGGAUGCGGACCCGCACAACGCCAACAGGGGAUUCUUCUUCUCCCACGUGGGAUGGCUGAUGAUGCUGAAGCACCCGGAUGUCCUCCGCCGCGGUCGCCAGAUCGACAUGAGCGACAUCUUGGCGGACCCCGUGGUGCGGUUCCACCAGAAGUACUUCAUCCCCCUGAAGAUCUUCUUCUGCUUCAUCUUGCCCACCGUGAUCCCGGUUUACUGCUGGGGAGAGUCCUGGGGCUUGGCCUUCGUGCAGCAGUGCCUCUUCCGCUACGUGAGCAGCCUGAACUUCACCUGGUCCGUGAACAGCGCCGCCCAUCUCUGGGGAUCCCGUCCCUACGAUAAGCGUAUCAUGCCCAGCGAGAACAUCUACGUGUCCGUGCUGGCGAUGGGCGAGGGGUGGCACAACUACCACCACGUCUUCCCCUGGGACUACAAGGCGGCCGAGCUGGGCAACUACAAGGUCAACUUCACCACCAUGGUGCUGGACGCCUUCCACAAGCUCGGCUGGGCCUGGAACAUGAAGCAGCCGUCGAAGGAGCUGGUGCGCCGCACCCUGGAGAAGUACGGCGACGGCACCCACGCCUCCCAGAUUGGCGGCCCCGAGGAGUUCAAGGAGGGCGUGGUGGCCGGGGCCACCAUGGUGGGCCACGUGCACUACGCCGAGGUGCCCGACCCUGACCUGGAGUACGACGCCGAGUCCAGCAGCACGGAGAGCGCGAAGCUGGACGAGAACGAGAACGAGGGCGAGCGGAUGAAAAAGUCGAAGAAGGCGGCCAACUAGGGAGCUCGGAGCCGGGAUACGGGCGUCCGGAAAGCAGAGAUCGAGAUGGGCUCGCGGAUCACUGAUGGGAAGGAUCGUCACUUAAUCUUGCGUCUAUGCGAGGGCGGGACAUAGUCGAUAAUCGUUUUUUAAAUUAAACCCUAUUCUAUCUAUCAUUAUCUAUAUCUUCACUCCAAGACCAACACACCUGCACCGCAACGGUUAACACUCACACAAAGACACCCACAUCCACUCAUAUUCGUAUCUUCAUUUGUGUAGGUUUAGGUAUUUAGCAGAUAGCACGGUACGACAUAAGUUAUAAGUCACACACAAAUUUACGUAUAAACGCCAACAACAAAAUAUGCUCUCCGUCCGAGACAAAUAAAAGAGAAUAAAUAUUUACAAAUAAAAACAAUUCGAAAACUCAAA